CCUCAUUCCUGUCUCCCUGAUUGUUAGCUCUGAUGCUGGUUGCUUUAAGAAGGUGUAAUCUGCUCAUCCCCUUUGCAGCCAGGAGCAUUUUUGUUCCCAACAGCAGAAAAACUUUAUUUUGUUUUAAACUUUUAUAGAUUUAUUUUGACCUUAUGCAGAAGACACAGUGAGAUCAUGGAUCAGAUGCCCUCCUGCUGGCGAUGGACUUUGUUGCUGCUAUUGGGGGUCCUGUCCCAUGCAGUCACUCGGGGAGCAGUGGGGUACUACCCUAGGUUUUCACCUUUUUUCUUUCUUUGCACCCACCACGGGGAGCUGGAAGGUGAUGGAGACCAGGGAGAAGUGCUCAUCUCGUUGCACCUGGCGGGGAACCCCAGUUUUUACGUACCUGGGCAGGAGUACCAUGUGACCAUAUCAACAAGUACUUCUCUUGAUGGCCUUCUCGUGACCGGACUCUACACAUCUACCAGCACUCAAGCUUCACAAAGUAUUGGAGGUUAGGCUUUUGGAUUUGGCAUUAUGUCCGACCACCAGUUUGGCACCCAGUUCAUGUGCAGUGUUGUCGCUUCUCAUGUGAGCCACUUGCCAACAACAAACCUCAGUUUUGUGUGGAUAGCGCCCCCCGCAGGGACAGGGUGUGUCAACUUCAUGGCAACAGCAACUCACAGGGGCCAAAUAUUAUUCAAAGAUGCCUUAGCACAGCAGUUAUGUGAACAAGGAGCUCCAACAGAAGCUCCUUUACAUCCAAAUUUAGCUGAAAUUCACAGUGACAGUGUCAUUUUAAGAGAUGAUUUUGAUUCACACAAGCAACAGGAAUUGAAUCCAAAUAUCUGGUUACAGUGUAGCAACUGUGAAGUUGGGGAGCAAUGUGGUGUUAUUAUGCAUGGAAGAGCUGUCACAUUUUGUGAUCCAUAUGGCCCAAGAGAACUGAUCUCAGCUGCCGUUAACACAUCUACAGCAUCUGUACUGCAGUUUUCAAUUGGGUCAGGAUCUUGCCGUUUCAGCUACUCAGAUCCUAGCAUUGUGGUGUCAUACAAGAAAAACAACGAUUCAAGCUGGAUGCCGCUAGAGAGAAUCAGUGCACCUUCAAAUGUCAGUACAAUCCUUCAUAUUAUUUACCUUCCAUAUGAAGCCAAGGGGGAAAAUGUAAAAUUUCGCUGGAAACAGGAGAACAUCCAGCCUGGUGAUGUCUAUGAAGCCUGCUGGGCUCUGGAUAAUAUAUUGGUCAUCAAUGCGGCUCAUAAACCAGUUGUGUUAGAAGAUAAUCUUGAUCCAAUGGAUACCGGAAACUGGCUCUUCUUCCCUGGGGCUACUGUAAAGCACAGUUGUCAGUCUGAUGGCAACUCGAUUUAUUUUCAUGGUACUGAAGGGAGUGAGUACAAUUUUGCCACCACAAGGGAUGUGGAUGUUUCCACUGAAGAUAUCCAGGAGCAAUGGUCUGAAGAGUUUGAAAGCCAGCCUGUCGGAUGGGACAUUGCUGGAGCUGUCAUUGGUACGGAGUGUGGGACCAUAGAAUCUGGUUCAUCUAUUGUAUUUCUAAAAGAUGGCGAGAGGAAGUUAUGUACUCCAUAUAUGGAUACUACAGGAUAUGGCAACCUGAGGUUUUUUUUCAUGAUGGGCGGAUUGUGUCAUCCAGGAGAAUCUCAUGACCAUGAUGUAACGCUAUAUGCUCUGGUGGAUGGAAAGAAAGAGCAGAUUGCUAUGGAUACUCUUUCAUAUUCCUCCUAUAAGGUUCCAUCUUUAGUCUCAGUUGCAAUAAGCCCAGAGCUUCAGACUCCUGCAACUAAGUUUUGUCUCAAGCAAAGCAGUCAUCGUGGACACAACCUCAAUGUCUGGGCUGUGGAUUUUCUCCACGUGCUACCGGUACUUCCAUCCACAGAGUCCCACAUGGUACAGUUUUCACUCAAUCUGGGAUGUGGUUCACAUCAACCUGGAAACAGCAUCAGUUUGGAAUUCUCAACAAAUCAUGGUCACACCUGGUCUUUACUGCACUCAGAAUGCCUGCCGGAGCUUUGUGCCGGGCCUCAUCUUCCUCACAGUACUAUCUACUCAUCUGACAACUACAGUGGGUGGAACAGAAUUACCAUCCCUCUUCCUAAUGCAGCUCUGACCAAGAAUACAAGGCUGCGUUGGAGGCAGAAUGUUCCGAUCCUUGGAAAUAUGUGGGCACUUGAUAAUAUUUAUAUUGGGCCAUCCUGCCUGAAAUUCUGCUCUGGCCGUGGGCAAUGUACAAGAACGGGCUGCAAGUGUGAACCAGGCUUUUCAGGCCCAGCAUGUGAGAUGGCUUCACAAACCUUCCCAGUGUUUAUAUCAGAAAGCUUCACUAGUGCCAGGCUGUCUUCCUAUCACAACUUUUACUCUAUCCGUGGUGCUGAAGUCAGUUUUGGCUGUGGGGUUCUUGCAAGUGGCAAAGCGUUAAUAUUCAAUAAGGAUGGAAGGCGCCAGCUCAUUACUGCUUUCCUUGACAGCUCCCAGUCCAGAUUCCUGCAGUUUACGCUACGUAUAGGAAGCAAAUCUGUUCUCAGCACAUGUAAAGCACCUGACAAACCAGGGGAAGGCGUUCUCUUGCACUACUCUCACGACAACGGUAUCACUUGGAAACUGAUGGAGCAUUAUUCUUAUCUCAACUAUCAUGAGCCAAGAAUAAUAUCAGUGGAGAUGCCUGAUGAUGCCAAGCAGUUUGGAAUCCAGUUCAGAUGGUGGCAACCCUAUCAUUCUGGCCAAGGGCAGGAUGUGUGGGCAAUUGAUGAGAUUAUCAUGACAUCUGUCCUCUUCAACAGUAUCAGUCUGGACUUUACUAAUCUAGUGGAUGUCACUCAGUCUCUUGGUUUCUACCUUGGGAAUGUUCAACCCUACUGUGGCCAUGACUGGACUCUGUGUUUUACUGGGGAUUCUAAGCAAGCCACAAGCACGCGAUAUGUGGAGACACAGUCCAUGCAAAUUGGUGCAUCCUACAUGAUACAGUUUAAUCUGGUGAUGGGAUGUGGCGCGCGUUUCACUCCGCACAUGGACAACCAAGUAAAGUUAGAGUACUCCACUAACCACGGGCUCACAUGGCACUUAGUCCAAGAGGAAUGUCUGCCAAGCAUGCCCAGCUGUCAGGAGUUUACUUCAGCAAGUAUUUAUCAUUCAACUGAAUUCACACACUGGAGAAGAAUUACCUUGCCACUGCCACAAAAGACCUGGUCUAGUGCCACCCGUUUCCGCUGGAGCCAGAGGUACUACACAGCAGAAGAUGAGUGGGCCUUGGACAAUAUUUAUAUUGGACAGCAAUGUCCUAAUAUGUGCACUGGUCACGGCUGGUGUGAUCAUGGAAUAUGCAGGUGUGAUUCUGGCUAUCAGGGCUCUCAGUGUCUCCCUGAAACCGCUCUUCCAUCAACCGUAAUGUCAGACUUUGAGGGGUUAAAUGGCUGGGAAACAGACUGGAUGGAAGUGGUUGGAGGAGAAAUUGUAAAACCAGAACAAGGUUGUGGGGUCAUUUCAUCAGGGUCCUCUCUGUACUUCUACAAGGAUGGCAGAAGGCAGCUGGUAAGCUGGGAUAUGGACACUACAUGGGUGGAUUUUAUCCAGUUUUAUAUUCAGAUUGGUGGGGAGACCACGUCCUGCAAUAGACCUGACAGCAGAGAGGAGGGUGUGUUACUACAGUACAGCAACAACGGAGGGAUCAACUGGCAUCUGCUGGCAGAAAUGUACUUUUCUGACUUCAGCAAACCCAAAUUUGUUUAUCUUGAGUUGCCCAAUGCUGCCAAGACGCCCUGCACACGGUUUCGCUGGUGGCAGCCGGUGUUCUCAGGGGAAGGAUACGAUCAAUGGGCAGUCGAUGAUGUUAUCAUUUUAUCUGAGAAUCAGAAGCACAUCAUUCCCGCUGCAUACCCAACAAUGCCACAGAACUUUUAUGAAAAACCUGCCUUUGACUACCCUGUGAACCAACUGAGUGUCUGGCUAAUGUUGGCUAACGAAGGAAUGACCAAAAAUGAAAGUUUCUGCUCUGUUACUCCCUCGGCUAUGAUUUUUGGAAAGUCUGAUGGUGAUCGCUUUGCCGUGACCAGAGAUCUCACCUUAAAACCUGGAUAUGUCCUUCAGUUCAAGUUGAAUGUAGGUUGCACCAGCGAGUUCAGCAACUUGGCCCCAGUGGUUCUUCAGUACUCACAUGAUGCUGGCUUGUCUUGGUCCCUGGUGAGAGAGGGCUGCUAUCCUGCAUCACCUGGAAUCAAAGACUGUGAAGGAAGCUCUCGGGAGUUGGGAGAACCAACUAUGUACUAUGCUGGAGACUAUGAAGGCUGGACACGGAUAACUAUUGUGGUACCCAGGUCACUGGCUUCAAGUAAGACGAGAUUCCGAUGGAUCCAGGAGAGUAGCUCUCUGAAAAAUGUUCCUGCCUUUGGAUUGGAUGGGGUCUACAUAUCUGAGCCUUGCCCCAGUUACUGUAACGGUCAUGGUGAUUGUUUUUCAGGAGUGUGUUUCUGUGAUAGAGGAUAUACAGCGGAACAUGGAACCUGUGUCUCAAAUAAGCCGAACCCAAGUGAGAUGUUUGAUAGGUUUGAAGGCAAGCUCAGCCAGCUUUGGGACAAGAUCACUGGUGGUCAAGUGGGAUCUGGUUGUGGGAUCCUGAAUGAUGGCAAAUCUCUUUAUUUUAAUGGACCUGGAAAAAGGGAAGCAAGAACUGCUGCUUUAGACACAACGAAUAUCAGACUAGUUCAGUUUUACAUACAAAUUGGAAGCAAGAGUGGCGGUUCAUCUUGCAGCAAACCAAAAGCAAGAAAUGAAGGAGUUGUCGUCCAGUAUACAAAUGACAAUGGUAUUAGCUGGAAUUCAUUACGUGAAUUGGACUUUAUGUCCUUUUUGGACCCUCAGAUUAUCUCUAUCGAGUUACCUCGGGAUGCUAAGACAUUGACAACUGCUUUUCGAUGGUGGCAGCCACAACAUGGGAGACAAUCGGCUCAGUGGGCACUAGAUGAUAUCCUGAUAGGAAUGAAUGAUAGCUCCCGAACUGGAUUUCAAGAUAAAUUUGAUGGUUCUGUUGAUCUUCAGGCCAACUGGUACAGAAUCCAGGGAGGACAAGUAGAUAUUGACUGUCUGUCCAUGGAUACCGUACUUCUGUUUAAUGAAAAUAUUGGGAAACCUCGUUAUGCUGAGACUUGGGAUUUCCAUGUGAUGGCUUCAUCAUCUCUCCAGUUUGAGUUGAGCAUGGGAUGCAGCAAGCCCUUUAGUGAUGCUCACAAGGUUAAUCUCCAGUACUCAUUAAAUAAUGGACGUGACUGGCAACAAGUGACUGAAGAGUGUGUCCCACCUAGUAUUGGAUGUUUACAUUAUACAGAAAGCUCUGUAUAUUCAUCUGAAAGAUUCCAGAAUUGGAAGCGAAUUACUGUCUACCUGCCACCUUCAACAGUUUCCCCAAGAACACGCUUUAGAUGGAUACAGAAUAGCUAUGGUCCCAGUUCUGAUGCCUGGGCCAUAGAUAAUGUAAUCCUUUCAUCUGGAUGUCCUUGGAUGUGUUCAGGCCACGGAAUAUGUGAUUCAGGCCACUGUGUCUGUGACCGUGGCUUUGGUGGAGCUUACUGUGUCCCUUUAACUUCACUACCAUCCAUUCUGAAAGACGACUUCAACAGUAACUUGCAUCCUGACAUGUGGCCUGAAGUAUAUGGGGCAGACAGGGGAAAUCUAAAUGGGGAAACCAUCAAGUCUGGAACGGCACUUAUCUUCAGAGGGGAAGGCUUAAGAAUGCUUGUCUCAAGAGAUCUGGACUGCACUCAUACAUUGUACAUUCAAUUUUCAUUUAAAUUCGUUACUAAAGGAACCCCAGAAAGGUCCCACUCCAUCCUGCUCCAGUACUCCAGCAGUGGGGGGAUUACAUGGAACCUAAUGGACGAGUUUUACUUCACCCAAACCACUGAUGUGCUGUUUGUCAAUGUUCCUCUGCCUUACUCAGCACAGACCAAUGCCACAAGAUUCAGGCUCUGGCAACCGUACCAUAAUGGAAAGAAAGAUGAGAUAUGGAUCAUAGAAGACUUUGUUAUCGAUGGAAAUAAUUUAAAAAAUCCUGCUAUCCUUUAUGAUACAUUUGACCUUGGUCCCAAUGAAGAUAACUGGUUUUUCUAUCCAGGUGGAAAUAUUGGUCUUUAUUGUCCUUACUCUUCAAAGGGAGCACCUGAGGAAGAUUCAGCAAUGGUUUUUGUUUCAAAUGAAGUUGGCGAGCAUUGCAUCACCACAAGAGAUCUGGAUGUUGACGAGAACACCAUCAUUCAGUUUGAGAUAAAUAUAGGGUGUACAACAGACAGCUCAUCUGCUGACCCAGUGAGAUUAGAGUUUUCAAGGGAUUUUGGGGCAACGUGGCACCUGCUUCUCCCUCUGUGCUACAGCAGCAGCAGCCACGCCAGUUCUCUGUGUUCCACUGAACAUCACCCCAGCAGCACUUACUAUGCAGGGACUACGCAAGGCUGGAGAAGGGAGAUCAUAAACUUUGGCAAACUCAAGCUCUGCGGUUCUAUUAGGUUCAGAUGGUAUCAAGGAUUUUACCCCACAGCGAUGCAGCCAGUGACAUGGGCAAUUGAUAAUGUUUACAUUGGCCCUCACUGUGAGGACAUGUGUAGUGGGCAUGGAAGUUGUAUCAAUGGAACCAAGUGUAUCUGUGACCCAGGUUACUCUGGACCAACAUGCAAAGUGAGCACCAAGAAUCCAGAUUUUCUCAAGGAGGAUUUUGAAGGCCAGUUGGAAUCUGACAGGUUCCUUCUGGUGAGUGGUGGAAAACCAUCUAGGAAAUGUGGAAUUUUGUCCAGUGGGAACAAUCUCUUUUUUAAUGAAGAAGGUCUGAGAAUGCUCAUGACUAGAGACCUGGACUUAUCCCUUGCAAGAUUUGUGCAGUUCUUCAUGAGGUUAGGCUGUGGAAAAGCUGUCCCUGACCCGAGAAGUCAACCAGUGCUCCUGCAAUACUCACUAAAUGGAGGGCUAUCCUGGAGUAUGUUGCAGGAAUUCCUUUUCAGCAACUCCAGUAAUGUGGGCCGAUAUGUUGCACUGGAAAUCCCUCUGAAAGCUCGCUCCAGCUCUACCCGUUUGCGUUGGUGGCAGCCAUCAGAAAAUGGACACUUUUACAGCCCAUGGGUUAUUGAUCAAAUUCUAAUUGGUGGCAACAUCUCUGGAAACACUGUCCUAGAAGAUGACUUUACUAGUUUGGAUAACAGAAAAUGGCUUCUCCAUCCAGGCGGAACUAAAAUGUCAGUUUGUGGGUCUACUGGUGAUGCACUUGUGUUCAUUGAGAAGGCAAGCACUCGGUAUGUGGUCUCCACCGAUGUUGUGGUGAAUGAGGACUCAUUUCUACAGAUUGACUUUGCAGCCUCCUGUUCUGUUACUGAUACAUGUUAUGCCAUUGAACUGGAGUAUUCGCUGGACCUGGGUAUCUCAUGGAAUCCAGUUCUUAGAGACUGUCUCCCAACUAAUGUAGACUGCACAAAAUACCAACUUCAGAGAGUGCUGGUAGCUGAUACUUUUAAUAAAUGGACCCGAUUUACUUUGCCUCUGCCCGCAUACACCAGGUCGCAAGCUACUCGUUUCCGCUGGAUCCAGCCAUCUCCUUUUGAUAAACAACAAACAUGGGCUAUCGAUAAUGUCUAUAUCGGAGAUGGGUGUUUUGAUAUGUGCAGUGGCCAUGGGCGAUGUGUACAAGGCAAUUGUGUGUGUGAUGACUAUUGGGGUGGAAUUUAUUGUGAUGAACCAGAGGUGUCGCUACCUACUCAACUAAAGGACACAUUUAAUCGCGCUCCGUCGAGUCACAACUGGCUCACUGUAAAUGGCGGGAAACUCAGCAGUGUAUGUGGAGCUGUAGCCUCAGGAAUGGCUCUUCAUUUUAGUGGGGGCUGUAGUCGCAUGUUAGUGUCUGUGGACCUGAAUCUCACCAGUGCUGAAUUUAUACAAUUUUAUUUUAUGUAUGGCUGUCUGAUAACACCACACAGCCGCAACCAAGGUGUGCUCCUGGAAUAUUCCGUGAAUGGAGGAAUUAGCUGGCAUCUUUUAAUGGAAAUAUUCUAUGAUCAGUACAGUAAACCUGGAUUUGUCAACAUUCUCUUGCCACCCUAUGCCAAAACAAUUGGAACCCGCUUCCGCUGGUGGCAGCCAAAGCAUGAUGGGCUGGACCAGAACGAUUGGGCCAUUGAUAAUGUGCUGAUUUCAGGCUCCGCAGACCAGACCACAGUAAUGUUGGAUACAUUCAGCAGCGCUCCUCUUCCCCAGCAUGAGCGCACACCUGCAGAUGCAGGACCCACUGGAAGGAUAGCUUUUGACAUAUUUGGAGAAGACAGAACUACAGUUAAUGAGCACUGGUUGUUCCAUGAAGACUGCAGUAUUGAGCGGUUCUGUGAUUCUCCGGAUGGGGUUAUGCUUUGCGGCAGUCAUGAUGGCAGAGAAGUGUAUACAGUGACCCAUGACCUUACACCUGCUGAAGGAUGGAUUAUGCAGUUUAAGAUCGCUGUCGGUUGUAAAAAUUCAGAGAAGAAUGUACAGAACCAGGUGCACAUACAAUAUUCCACUGAUUUUGGUGUAAGUUGGAGCUACUUAGUGCCACAAUGCUUACCCGCUGACCCAAAAUGUUCUGGGACUGUGUCACAACCUUCAGUGUUCUUUCCCACAAAAGGGUGGAAACGCGUGAUCUAUCCACUGCCCGACAAUCUCAUUGGAAAUUCUGUCCGGUUCAGGUUUUACCAGCAGUUUUCAGAUAUGCAGUGGGCAAUUGACAAUUUCUACAUUGGACCUGGCUGUUUGGAUAAUUGUCACGGUCAUGGUGACUGCCUGAAAGAGCAGUGUAUCUGUGAUUCGGGAUAUUCUAGUGCAAACUGUUACUUAACACGUGCACUGAAGACUUUCCUGAAGGAGCGUUUUGACAGCGAUGAAAUUAAAUCAGAUUCCUGGUUGUCGAUGGAAGGUGGAAAAACUUGUACAGAUUGUGGGGUUUUGGCUGAGGACACUGCUUUGUAUUUUGGGGCCGCUGCAGUAAGGCAAACAGUUACACAAGACUUGGACUUAAGGGGAGCUAAGUUUGUUCAGUACUGGGCUAGAAUUGGCAGUGAAAAUAUGACCUCUUGUCGAAGGCCUACAUGCAGAAAAGAAGGUGUUCUCCUAGAUUAUUCCAUUGAUGGAGGUAUUAGUUGGACGUUGCUUCACGAAAUGGAUUACCAGAAAUAUAUGUCUGUUCGAUACGACUACAUACUGCUUCCAGAACAAGCCCUAACUAACACGACUCGUCUACGUUGGUGGCAGCCUUUUUCAAUCCGCAAUGGCCUUGUUGUUUCUGGUCUAGACCGCUCCCAGUGGGCCCUGGACAACAUAUUAAUUGGAGGAGCGGAAAUCAACCCUAGUCAACUUGUAGACACAUUUGAUGAUGAAGGCACUUCCCAUGAUGAACAUUGGAGUUUUUAUCCCAAUGCUGUGAGAACUGCUGGCUUCUGUGGCAACCCAUCUUUUCACCUUUAUUGGCCCAACAAGAAGAAAGACAAGACACACAAUAUACUGUCCUCAAGGGAGCUUAUUAUACAGCCAGGAUACAUGAUACAGUUCAAGAUUGUGGUCGGUUGUGAAGUUAAUUUAUGUAUAGAUCUUCAUUCAGUAAGACUAGAAUAUACAAAGGAUUCCAGGAUAGAUUCGUGGCAGCUUGUACAGACACAGUGCCUUCCUUCUUCCUCAAAUAGUAUUGGCUGCUCUCCUUUCCAGUUCCAUGAAGCCACUAUAUAUAAUUCUGUCAACAGCUCUGUAUGGAAACGGGUAACUCUGCAACUCCCAGAUCACGUCUCAUCAAGUGCAACUCAGUUCCGCUGGAUUCAGAAGGGUGAUGAUAUGGAAAAGCAGAGCUGGGCAGUUGAUCAUGUAUAUAUUGGGGAAGCCUGUCCUAAACUCUGCAGUGGACGUGGAUACUGCACAACUGGAGCUGUUUGUAUAUGUGAUGAAGGAUACCAAGGUGAUGACUGCUCUGUUUUUACCCAUGAUUUUCCAAGCUACAUUAAAGAUAAUUUUGAAUCAGAAAAGGUUACAGAAAUAAAUUGGGAAAACAUCCAAGGAGGCAUCAUAGGGAAUGGAUGUGGGCAGUUGGCUCCAUAUGCCCACGGAGAUUCCUUAUAUUUUAAUGGAUGCCAAAUUAGACAAGCAAUAACAAAGCCACUGGAUCUAACGAGAGCCAGCAAAAUUAUGUUUGUCCUACAAAUUGGAAGCAUUUCACAGACGGACAGCUGCAAUACUAAUCUUAGUGAUGCAAACACGGUAGAUAAGGCAGUAUUGCUACAAUACAGCGUUAAUAAUGGGAUAACGUGGCAAGUCAUUGCCCAGCACCAGCCCAAAGACUUUAUACAAGCCCAGAGAGUAUCUUACAACAUUCCACUGGAGGCUCGAAUGAAAGGAGUCUUACUGCGCUGGUGGCAGCCGCGCCAUAACGGAACAGGUCAUGAUCAGUGGGCUUUGGAUCAUGUAGAAGUUGUACUCACUCGCAAACAAAAUUACAUGAUGAAUUUUUCACGGCAACAUGGGCUCAGGCAUUUCUACAACAGAAGACGAAGGUCUCUGAGGCGAUACCCAUGAAGAAGUGAAAUAUAUAAAUUUCUUCCCAUCAUGUGACGUGUUGCUUUUCAUUUUAUCCAAACAGAAAACUGCAUUUGGUAUCAAGACUUUCCUGCUAUUUGCUCAAAUAACCAAGAGCCUCUAUUAAGACUGAUCAUACACCACUUUUCACACUGUGAACUAAUGAGAAGUGACUUAUUUUCUCAUCGGUAAUUGUUAUAAUGUUAAUGUGUCCGUGAAAUAUGUGAUCUGUUGUAAUAUCAGUUUAAUCGGCAGUAUUGGAACUUAGCAAUGUAUUCUGUUUAACAGGAAAACAUCAUUAAGCACAAGGACUUAAAAAAUGCAGUAUUUAACAAUUUUUGACACUUAAGUAUUUAAGUGCAUAGUAUUUCAUCUAUGUACCAUAUUUUAUAAUAUUAAAUUAUCAUGUUUUUCUUGUCUUUUUAUGUAUUCUCUCCUAGAAUAUGACAUUGCUUGUCGCAUUGAUGUACACUUUUUUUUUGCUUUUAAUUUGGCUGAUGAAUGUACACGCUGAUAUUGAAUACAAUGUGUAGGGAAAACUAAAGAGAUCAAACAUUUGUGAAAUAGAUAAAGGCGUGUAUAUCUGAAACCCAUUAUGUUGUCAUUGGAGAUUAUUGUUAAAAUUGUGAAUAAAAAUGAAUUGAUUUCAAGGACUUUCAUUAUGAAGAGCUGUGAAUAGAUUGCGCUGAUAAAGCCAGUUCCCUGCAUAUCAGAAUAGCAGUGUUUUCAUUUUUAAUGGCCAAGCAAGUUUACCAUAACUGCCAUGUGGUGUCUGUGGCAUUGAAGUGGUUUGUAACCAGUGAAUGUUUUUAUUGUGUUCCAUUUGUGGUUUGUUUCUAUUGCAGGGUAAUUUAUCCUGCGCUUAUGUAUAAUCUACACCAGCAAAAAAUAAAAUUCCCUCUGCUACUUCAGACAUAUUUUGCCCUAUAAUGCGGUAAGCAAAAAUGUAUUGGUCAAACUAGAGAAAAUUACAGAAAUUCUUUGAUAAAUAUUACCCAAUGGUCUCAUGGCCUAUGACUAAUACGUGCGAUACAUUAAUUGGCGUUAUCAUUGUUUACGUUUUUAAAUAAAUAAAUGUUCUAAUGAGUUAUUUCAGAAAUAAACAGUUCUGAAUGUUUGAUUCUC